AUGGAUAUUGACGAGCCAAGCGAAUCUUUCCGUUGCAGCCUCUCGAGUGACACCGUAGGCUCUGCAGCCUCUGAACAGUUUGGACAAUCUUUUAUCGUCAUCAAUUCAUCUCACGAACUUGAGGAGGCGUGCCCUACCGGCAGCGUUUUCGAGCCAGAAGUAAGCGAGAUUUGGAAAAGAAGCCAGGGCCCUUCGCGCUCUAACAGCAAUCCUGAAUCCGUUGGGAACAUAAGUGACCACUCCAAGUCGUUUUUCGCAGAUCAUACGUACAAACCAGACCGGGAUUUGCCUGUAGAGGAAUCCAGUAAAAAUCAACCGGACUGCGAACAAACUCUGGCUCAUGCCGGGGAAAAUACCUCCAAAACUCCUCCUGACGAAACAUCCAGUUUUGCAGCUUCAAAUGACGAGGAUGAAACCAUACCGCGGCCCGGAGUUGAGCGCUCAAUCCAAAACCAUGGUCGUGCCAGCCCUGGUCACAUCCAGGUCGAAAUGGACUCUCCGGGGUUCAAUCUCGAGUUCCCACGAUCAACGUCAGUGUCUCGUCAGCAAACCGAGGAAAUUGCUGCAUCACCAAUUUCGGGCAAUCCAAGAACGAGCAAUACUCGAAACAAUACUGAACAGAUUGAUAACGACCCUCCCACAGCAGUUGACGACGUCGAGCCUUCUGAUAGCGAACAAAAUCACCGGCUUUAUGACAAACAGAUGCUUUUCAGUCGAGACAAGCUCUUGUUAGACGCUUUGCCUCGUUCACGGUCGGCACAGCUCUUGAAAGGUUGUGGCUCACGAGAAUCGACCGAAAGCAACUUGCAUUCAAGAUCAGUGCACAAAUCUUUGAGACGUCUCAUCAACAAAGCAAACCAUGAAUACUUUCAACUGGAUUCAAAUAAGGUGCGUUACCGUGCAGGGUUGUCCAAGAUAAAUACUGGGCUACCGCAUCUGCAUGAACGCUUCAAUCGGGACCAGCGAUAG